AUGGCGAAGAUAACAGCACGGCUGCUCAGCGGCGAUGUUUUGGCGGAGCUGACGGUUCGGCCUGACAUGACGCUUGAGGAGCUGAAGCGGCGCCUGAAGAAGUUGCAGACAUCGGGGGAUGAGAUCUCGCGCCAAUUCGGCCCGGUCGAUGUGGUUUUCCGGGGCCAGAAGCUCCGCAACGAAGAUAUGACGCUGAAGAAGGCUGGCUUGUCUCCAGGAGCAGAAGUUCAGGUCGUGUUCCAACCCAUUGUGCCCGUGACCUGUUCCCACCAAGACGAAGCUGGCUGCGACGUGGAUUCGUUGGUUGUGGUAAACAUCCCGCAGGGAGUAAGGAAGAUCCGGCCUGGAGCAUUCCAGCGCUGCAGUUCAUUGGUCAAGGUUAUUAUUCCCGAUGGCGUUGUCGGCAUUGGGAAUAGUGCUUUCAGAGACUGCAGCUCACUGUCACGCUUGACCAUGCCGAACUCUGUGAUCAGCAUUGAGCACGCGGCCUUCAACAACUGCAGCGCACUGAGAAGUUUGACUAUCCCAGACAGCGUAGCCAGGAUCGGGAUGGGAGCUUUCAAAGGCUGCAGCUCGAUGACACUGACCAUCUCAGAACCUCUGGCCCGGCAGCUCUCUGGCUUUAACGACUGCUGGAUCAACACGAAAGAGUGCCGCUGUUGGCAAUGCGAAAGCCACUGGUUCGAGCAAGGGUGGCUUUGCCCUGCCAACAACUUGUGGCGUGCCCGAUUUUAA